AUGCCACGCGCUGCUGGUGUGUUAGCUCCGCGCUAUCGUCGGGCUGCCGCAGCCGAGGCGGCCAAGGCUUCGGCCGAAGAUGAUGGGACCCAGGUCGAGCGCCCCUCCCGCCCCGCCGCCAAGAAGUCAGCGGCCAACGUCAGCAAGAAGCGCGCCCCCAACAAGGACGAAAAGUUUGAGAAGGCCCUGCGACAGUUCGCCCUCGAUAAUAUCAAGUUAACCGUGCCGAAGAUGGUCGACGAGUUCGUGGCGAUCAAGACGGAUACGCAGGGCAUCGGCAAGUACACGAAGGCCGCCUUUGACGCCAACCCCGAGAAGAAUCGCUACAAAGAUGUGUACUGCGUCGAUGGCAGUCGUGUGGUGCUGAAUUGGCCGGCCAGCAAGAGCGACUACAUUCACGGAAACUGGGUUCACAUUCCCGAGAAGCGCCGUUUCAUCUGCACACAGGCGCCGACCGAGACCACGAUUGAGGACUUUUGGCGCAUGAUGUGGCAAGAAAAGUGCCGUUCGAUCGUCAUGCUGUGCAAUUUGGUGGAGCAGGGGAAGCGCAAGUGCGAGCAGUACUGGCCGAAUGAGAAGGGGACUACGAUGGACUCGGGCCCGGUGAGCGUCAAAUGUCUGUCGAUCCAGGACGUGGAAGAGGUGUUGACGUUGACGCGACUCGAGCUGACCACCGCCGAGUCGAAGGACACGCUGAUUGUCGAGCAUUUGUGCUGGAACAAUUGGCCGGAUCGUGGCGUGCCGCCCAACUUCCUCGCCUGUCUCCGUCUCAUCAAUCGCGUCAAGGAUUUGACGCCGAUCGUCGUGCACUGCUCGGCCGGUAUCGGGCGCACCGGGACGAUCGUCGGCCUGGACGUGAUCAUGGCUCGUCUUCAGAAGGGCGAGAAUUGCACGGUGGACAAGGUGGUUCGCGAGCUGCGCGAUGCUCGUCAUGGCAGUGUCCAGAUGGACAUUCAAUACGUCUACAUCGCCCGCGUGCUCAUCGCUUUGGCCGAGAACAAGAAGCUGGUGACAAAGGAGGAGCUGCGCGAUUGGCUGGCCGACUACGAGACGCUGUGCAAGGCUCGCGGGUGC